AUGGCUGACGAGGUACAAAAGAAAUUACAAAAAGAAUUCGAGAUUUACAAUAAUUUAAAAAAGGAAUAUCAUAAGGCAGUAGCUCUGAAACAACAAUUGGAUAGUCAGCUUAAUGAAAACAAAGCUGUUAAAGAAGAACUAGCUUUACUAAAGAAGGAUUCGGAGGUCUUUAAACUUAUUGGACCGGUUUUAGUGAAACAAGAUUUAGAAGAGGCUAGACAGAAUGUUUCCAAAAGGAUGGAAUAUAUUAAUAAGGAAAUUAAAAGAUGUGACGGUAACAUAUCUGCUUUAGAGAACAAACAGGAAGCCGUUCAUGAAAAUCUGAAUAAACUGAAAAGUAAUCUGGAACAUUUGAAAAUAUCAGCCUAA